ACAAAAAAUAAACAUGGUUUGACAUAAGGUUGUUUGGCAAGGAUUUGUAAAACAAAUCAAUCGCAAGGAAGCUACAAAGCAUUUUUCCGAUGCAAGUAGUGUAUAGUAAUUAAAUUGGUCGAUACGGAGUUUAAAUUUUCAGUGAAAGUUAGCUUUUUAGCGGUAGAAUAAAGAUAAAAUGUUCAAAAACACCUUUCAGUCAGGUUUUCUGUCGAUUUUGUACAGUAUUGGUAGUAAACCAUUGCAAAUUUGGGACAAAAAAGUACGCAACGGACACAUCAAGCGUAUUACGGAUCAGGAUAUUCAAUCGCUGGUGCUGGAAAUAAUCGGUACUAAUGUUAGUACAACAUACAUCACAUGCCCGGCGGAUCCCAAAAAGACGCUUGGUAUCAAACUUCCGUUUCUCGUGAUGAUAAUUAAGAACUUGAAGAAAUAUUUCACUUUUGAGGUUCAGGUCCUAGACGAUAAGAACGUUAGAAGGCGUUUCAGAGCCAGCAACUACCAAUCGACAACACGAGUGAAACCAUUCAUCUGUACCAUGCCUAUGCGGUUGGAUGAAGGAUGGAAUCAAAUUCAAUUCAACUUGUCUGAUUUCACCCGUCGUGCCUACGGAACAAAUUACGUCGAAACGCUUCGUGUACAAAUUCAUGCGAAUUGCAGGAUACGACGAGUCUAUUUUUCGGACCGACUCUAUUCCGAAGACGAGUUACCAGCAGAAUUCAAAUUAUUCCUGCCCAUUCAAAAGCCGCAGUCAAAAGCAAUUGCACAGCAAGCAUGUUAACCGACGGAUGGACGUUACCCGAGGAGUCAAGAAAAUAAGACUAUUAAAUUGUACUAUUUACUAAGCUCUUCGCACUUUAAUUGUAUUCAUAUGAUUUGCACUGAAAAUAACAAGUGUCCUUAUCAGUCUGAGAAUAAAAAAAAUCAUCAGUCUGAAAGUAAAAUGCCCUGCAAAACGUAUCAAUAAUUUGGUACCAAACCAUUGCUACCCAUUCAAGUUGCAGAGGUAACGCGAAUCGCAGUCAAUAAUUUAUAUUACACCUAACUAAAUCGCACAUUUUAAUAUGACGACGGUGAUUCUAGUGUCCUAUUGUGAAAAAAUGUCUAACAUGAUUACAUGACCAAAUGAAGGAAUCACCAACAUCAGUAAACGAUUAAAAACGCCAUAAUCAUAGCGUAAUAAAAACAUCUAUCAUGCGAAAGAAAUGCAAUUGCCAAUAAAUGUGUGUGAAUAUUCAAGAUUUAA